CCAGCAGGCAAGUGAGAAGUGAGAUUCCGUCGUCCAACAGCGAGCGAGUGAGCGAGUGAGCGAAAAAUGGCACAGGAAAACGAUAGCAACGAGAUGAACACCAAGUUCAGCAAGCUCAACGUGAAUGCGGUCGAGUUUGUGCCGAGCUUUUGCACACCGGCAGCGACGGCGGUGCAGACGGCGGCGGCAGCGGCCGCACCGGCGGGAACACCUGCGACCGGUUCGCCAACGGCACCGGUAGCUGGACCGCUUCCGGUUGCCGCACCAGCAUCGGCCACGUCGAGCGGUGGCAGCAGCAGUGGUGGUGGUGGAGGAGGCGGCGGCGGCGGUGGUGCCACUACGCCGACGUCCACAGCAGCCACACCAACACCGCCAUCCUCGUCGGCACCGACACCGAUGGAACGGGACGAAGAUCCGGUGAAAACGCCAGAAAACAAUGAAAGUGAACCACUCGACAGUUGGGACGCGGAGGAGGAUUCGAUCUUGACGCCGGAAGAUGAGGAAAUGGAAUUGGAUGAUGGCGAAGUGGACGGAGACACCGCACCGAAAGUAUCGAAAAAGAAGCCCCCGAAGGUGGAGGAAAGUCGAAGCAAAAAGGAGCACGUGAAUGUGGUUUUCAUUGGACAUGUCGAUGCCGGUAAAUCUACGAUCGGUGGACAGAUCAUGUCACUCACGGGAAUGGUAGACAAGCGAACACUCGAAAAGUACGAACGCGAGGCGCGCGAAAAGUCGCGAGAAAGCUGGUACUUAUCGUGGGCGCUCGACACGAAUCAGGAAGAACGUGACAAGGGAAAAACGGUGGAAGUUGGUCGUGCCUAUUUUGAGACUGAGAAGAAACAUUUCACCAUCCUCGACGCACCCGGGCACAAGAGCUUCGUGCCAAACAUGAUCGGUGGUGCUGCUCAGGCGGAUCUGGCGGUGCUGGUGAUUUCUGCGCGCAAGGGUGAAUUCGAAACCGGGUUCGAUCGGGGUGGCCAGACGCGGGAGCACGCGAUGCUGGCAAAGACGGCCGGCGUGAAGCAUUUGGUCGUGCUGGUGAACAAGAUGGACGACCCGACGGUUAACUGGGACCUUGAGCGCUACAACGAAUGCAAAGACAAAAUAUUACCAUACCUCAAGAAAUUAGGAUUUAAUCCGGUGAAGGAUCUUACGUUCAUGCCGGUGUCCGGCAUUACUGGGCAGGGAUUGCGAGAACCAAUCGAUGACGCCACGUGCCCGUGGUACCAGGGCCCUGCCUUUAUUCCGUUCAUCGACGAGCUGCCGUCGCUCAAUCGCAAAACGGACGGCCCGUUCAUUAUGCCGAUCGUCGACAAAUACAAGGACAUGGGUACGGUGCUGAUGGGCAAGGUGGAAUCGGGCGUGGCAAAGAAAGGCACCAAUCUGCUCGUGAUGCCCAAUAGAACGCAAGUGUGUGUUGAUCAGCUUUGGUCCGACGACGAAGAGGUGACCUCAGUGGGGCCUGGUGAAAAUGUGAAAAUCAAAGUAAAGGGCAUAGAGGAGGAGGACGUCUCGCCCGGAUUCGUCCUGUGUGACGCUUCCAAUCCGAUCAAGACGGGGAAGAUUUUCGACGCACAGGUGGUUAUCCUAGAACACAAGUCAAUCAUUUGUGCGGGAUACUCGGCCGUGAUGCAUAUACACUGUGCCGCUGAGGAGAUUACUGUUAAGGCUCUUAUUUGUUUAGUUGAUAAGAAGACGGGCGAAAAAUCCAAGACAAGGCCGCGCUUCGUGAAGCAGGAUCAGGUCGCCAUUAUGAGGAUUGAAUGCUCCGGAUUGAUAUGCUUAGAGCAGUUUAAACUAUUCCCCCAGAUGGGUCGCUUCACGCUUCGAGAUGAAAAUAAAACUAUCGCUAUUGGAAAGGUUUUGAAGGUUGUGGAGUAAUGUGUGACU